AAAGAUGGAAGUCGUUUAGUUGUCGCCAUUAGUAGCGCCCUUCAUUCCUACAUUUGGGACAGCAAACACAAAUUGCUUAACCCUUGUACUUUUUGUCCCAUCUUUGAUGUUGGUGGGUACAUUUGUGCUAUCGAAUCAACUGUCGAUUCCCAGGUUGCAGUAGCCACAGAGCUUCCUCUGGAUAGGAUAUGUGCAUUAAAUGCUGGUAUUGCAUUUGAUGUACCAGCUGCUGCUGAAAUUUCCUUUUCUGCUCAGCCUGGCCUUCUGCUCAUGGAUGAAGAGUUUUCUUUAGACGUUGGACGGAAGUCAACAGACUCUGGGACCUCUCUGUCCCUAGAUUCCCCAGUCACUUCUCCAGGAACUGUUGACCUAACACAUAUCUUGGUCAACCAUUCGAAAUCUGAACUGAGUCCACUUCUUAACCUCAAACACAAGGACUACAUAACAGGAAGUGGACAGGACUCCUCUCACCUUAUCCUUGUGAACUUUGAGAAGAAAGUGACUUCUACACGGAAAGUAAGCAUCCCUGGAAUUCUGGUUCCAGAUAUCCUGGCCUUUGACCCUGGAGCUCAUAUUGUAGCUGUUGCCUCCAACACAUGUAGCCAUGUCCUUGUGUAUUCAUUAACUUCAACAAACAUGCCUAACAUACAGCAGAUCCAGUUGGAGAAGAACGAGCGACCCAAAGGCUUGUAUUUCCUAACGGAUAAAAUGUUGCUGGUGUUAGUCGGGAGGCAGAAAACUUGCGACCCGGCUUUUCUGCCAUCUUCAAGUUCCGACAAGUACAUCAUCCGCUUAAUGGUGAAGGAGGUAAUGUUUGAUGAAGACUCCUCCACAUCAUCAGUAGCAGAUAUAGCAAGUGCACAUUCAAGCUACAACUCUUCUGUACUUUUACAUGGGAAGAAGAAGUAUGUGGAUAGCUUAUAUAAGGAUGAGCAGCCCCUUCCUUGCCGAGAGCUGUUGAUUCCAGGAGGUACUUCUGGGCGCCAGGGCUUUAGUAAGAAACAACUGAUAGAGGAGAUUCGCAGUUAUAACUAUGACCAAAGUCCAACAUCAAGCGCUAGCGACUUUGAGGAUAAAAAGAACACUGUGACUGUGCACAACUUGGACACAGAGCCGAAAAAUCGGUCUGUGACCCUGGGUUUGGAAGCGCACCGGAAGCCUUCAAGCAGGCCAACUUCACCGAAAAUGGAGCGCAGAAUAAACCAUCAUCCACCUAACAGCACUCCAUUGUCCGAUCAAGACAUUCUGUACAUGUCACGUAAUCUAGAGCGCUUGUGCAGCAACGUUACCAAUCUACAACAGCGCCUCUCAGAUCUUACUGAGUUUGCACAGAAUGGAAAAAAAAUCCUAUUUCUCGUAUCCAUCAUCUAAAGACGCACCAUUUGUCACCAUAAUAUGCCAGAGGUACCACAUGGACAGCUCACCGGUGAAGAAAUGUGUUCUGUUGUGUGACAACAAACUGCGUCUGCACAUCAUCCAGGAGCUCUUCUGUAUCCCGCUUAUAGAAAUGCAGAUGGGUUCCUCUUUUUGGAUCACUCUGACAGCUGACAGUGAAGGUUUCAUCCCACUAACAUUUUCAGCCAAUCAGGAGCUGUACAUCAGAGAUGCUCGGAGCUACCCACUUUCUUUAGGUGGAGAUGGUGGCAAACAUGCAGAGCCCCCAAGCAGUAUCACUUAA